AUGCCUGGAAUCAGUGCAUCAAACGGCAACAAAGUCUCUGCUCAGCAAGCUACGCAAGAAGCAAUAAGCCAAUGGCAAAAGGGGCAGCAGCCUUCUUCGCCAACCGAAUGGAUUGCACGCGCUAAGCAAGUGGGUGAUAUCCUUGCCAUUGAUGCCGUCGAGCGUGAACAAGCUCAAGCAAUUCCUGAGCGCGAGGUGCAACUGCUCAAGGAAUCUGGCCUCGUUACUUUUCUUGGGCCUAAGCAGUUUGGUGGUGCCGAAGGAACAUGGGAUAUUGCAUACAAACUCAUCCGCGAGGUUUCCAAGGCAGAUGGUUCGAUUGGACAGCUGCUUGGCUAUCAUCUUGUGUGGUUCUGGCAUGCUCGUGUCCUCUUCAACGACGCAGAGUACUUUGAGUUCAUCGAGAAUGAAGUCCGCAACAAGUCCUUCUUUGGCGGUGCUGUCAAUCCGCGCGAUUCGGAUCUCAAGAUCAAAGACCUUGGCUCAGAGAUUAGCUUCUCUGGCGUCAAGAGCUUCAGCACUGGCGGUCGCAUCUCAGAUAUCACUGUGUUGGAAGGUGUCUUGGAAGGCACUGAGGAUCACAUCUUUGCCUUUGUGCCCACUCGACAGCCUGGCAUUCAAUUCAAGGGAGACUGGGAUAAUCUUGGCCAGCGUCUUACAGAGUCUGGCGGUGUUGUCAUUGACAAUGUCCGCACUCCUUGGAAGAGUGCUGCUGGUUGGAGUGCAUACACCAAGAAAUAUGAAGCAAUUCCCUACCACUCACUUACUUUGCCAAUCAUCCAACUCAACUUUACCAACAAGUACCUUGGUAUCGCUCAGGGAGCGCUCGAAUUUGCUCGCAAUUACUCUGCCACCAAGACACGCGCGUGGCCCAAAGACUGCGGUGGGUUGGGUCACGACAAGGCCGUCGAUGAGUGGUACUUGCAAGAAAAUUAUGGCCAACUGUAUGCGACUCUGCGAGCGGCUGAAGCACUCAUUGAUGAUACCGGAAAGCAAAUUGCUGCGCUUGCCCAUGCACCACGAGAGUCUGUCACGGCUGAGCAGCGUGCUCAGGUUGCUGUGGAUGUUGCUACAGCAAAGCUCUCGAUCGUCGACCAUGGCCUGUAUUUGACUAACAAGGUCUUUGAGCUGACUGGAGCACGCGCUACAGCCAACUCAGUUGGCUUGGACAGGUUCUGGAGGAAUCUGCGCACACACACAUUGCACGACCCUAUUGCGUACAAGAAGGUGGAGGUGGGCCGAUAUGUGCUCACAGGCGAAUUGCCAAAGCCUACCUGGUACACGUAG